AUGGACACGGACACGAACCUGACCCUGCCCACCGACUUUUCCGGCGCAUCCACCACCGUCGACUCCGAGACUGAGGCAGACCGGCCUGCCAUCGAGAAACACCCUCUCUUUCAGACGGUGGACCAGAAGCGGAAUUUCAGCUCACAAUUCCGAUAUGGCCGCGCCCAAGGCGACACCUGUGCCAGUUGUAGCUUCAGUGUCCCCAAGGCCAUCGCGGAGAAACUGCCGGCGGGCGCCCCCGGGAGCAGGACCACAGACGGCAGAGGUCCCAACCCCAGCGCGCCCGUGUUGCGGUCCCGAGAGGUUGUCUGCCUCCGUGAAAGAAGACGGAGCGGUGCAAACGAUGCUUCCCGAGACUGGAAGCCUUCCUCGUACGGAUCUUCCGUGGGUUCUUCAUGCUCCCAGACUUCCUCCCAGCUGCCCUUGUCUUCUCGCUCACAUCCCGACCAUUGCCAUGACCACACCCUCACUUACUUAACCACUAUGUCUCCCGGGGACCCGGAGAGCUAUGCGCAAUUGCGAGCGUCCGUCAUUCGGACGCUAUCUUGCGAACUUCUCCCGAGGGGCAUGUCGGAUGGGCCCUUUUGCUUUGGCGACUCCAACGCGGGUUACACGAUCGCGUAUGUCUUUCGGCUGACGGAUCCCAAGGCGCGAGGACGACGGCGCGCCUACGCUUUCGUGGCUCUCGCGGGAAAGGAUGCCAGCCGCGCAUUUCAAGCUUGCCCCAUGCUCUGGGAGGCGUUCGCGAACAUGGCCAAGGGGAUUGAAUCGGCUGCACAACGGCACCAAGACAGGCAGCGGCAGAAGGAAGAGGAAGAGGCGGAAUUUUCACAGGCUUCAAGGCCAAAUUCGACGAAAUAUACGCCAGUUUCAUCCUUCCUGACUGCUCGUACAGUGGAUCCCGACGGGCACCCUCGACGUGUUGGCCACGCCACCCCGCGCAGUCUCGCGGAGAUAGUGGGCGACGAGAACAUCUUCACCUUCCUCCACCAAUAUUUCGUCGCGAUCCUCCGCUGUUUGGGCGACCAGUUUGGCGGACUUCCGCUCGCAGACAAGCCGUCUGUGUAUCAAUCGGUCGGCGAGGAGUCGCCGCCUUUCGCCAAGGCGUCGAUCGUGGGCGGCCACAGUGAAAAGCUGGACCUUGGGCAUCUCGAAAGUUUACGUGAUGAAGACACGACCCCGCGGCCGCAGGCGCAGGCGCAGGCGUCGCCGUCUGUCAACGCAGCAACCCAGACCCGGCGACAGGGGUCCGGCAUUCCAGGCACGAGGUCGUCUGUGUCGACACCCGAGGAAGAAAAGUUGGACGAGCUGGAGAUCUCAAAGACUCGAGCAAACAAGGCGCUCAAGUUGAACCCGCCGUGUGCACCGCUGCCAGUCAGCAAGACGGCGCAACGGCAGGUUGUUGUUUAA